AUGAGUCGUCUGGCUUCGUUCAAAGGACCGUCCACACCCACCUCCUCUCCCGUGCAAGCCAGACAACCCGUCACACCCAUCUCCCCCUCCAGGCUCUCCGAAUCCACUUACCACCGCAAGCUCAGGUCCCUUCUGCAGGAGCUCCGUGCAGUUACCGAGACCUGGGAUGACAUCGUCCUUGUCGACGGCCUCAAGGCCGCCAAGACUCUCGUCGACGCGAGGACAGAGCUCGACAACGAUCUAGCCGUUCUCCCUGCGGGGACACGGCCAGCCUAUCGAAUCGUACAGCCUAAGCUCGAGCUGAUGGAGGGCCGGAUAGCAGAUCUCGACGCUGUCAUAGUGAAGCUCAAAAAGCAGUUUGCCAAGAUGAACAACCUAGUGGACAGCAUUGAAGCAAUACUAUUCGAGGCCCACAAGGUCAAGGGCUGGGAAUGGGUGCAAGACCCGCUAUGGGUGACCUGGUCACUUGAGAAAUUUGUCUCUUCCGUUCCCGAAAUUCUCAUCCCAUACCAUCGUUCACUAGAGAUGCACAUCGAGCUUGUCGACACACUGCGGAGCCACGAUGUCACCUUCGAAGCGUCUCGAUACGCAAUCGCCCAAUGGGUCGUUCAGCCCCACCUAGAAGAAGGCAGCUGGGACGCGCAAUGGGAAGACCUCUGUGCAGCCGAGAUAGACCGAUGGAACAGCAGAUAA